UAAUAAAUAUUCCCUUUACUCUAAAGGCUAUCGUGAAGAAAGAAUACAUAUCAGUAGUUAAGAACGGGGCGCAAACAUAUUGUCACUCAGACAAUCGUCUGCUCAAGCACCUUGAUAUUCCAAUUCUCUUGUGCUCAUUUCAAACAUAAAAUUUUCUCCAUCAUCUCGACCAGUCCAGUCAUGACGGACGAUAAAGGGGGCUACAAGCAGAUCAACAAGUCGCUCAACAUCUGCGCUUUCGAGGACUAUUUGAAAGGCCAGACCGCGAACCUCGCCCCUAUACCUGAUGUGGAGCAAGUGACAGAAAGGGUUUUACGAGUGCGGGGUCAAAAUCCGGGGAAGUUCACCUUCCAAGGCACCAAUACCUUCUUAGUUGGAACAGGAGCCUCUCGCAUAUUGAUCGAUACAUCCGGAGGAGAGCCUGAGUAUGCGAAGCUGCUUGCAUCAACCCUUGAGUCUCGGAACAUUAGCAUCAAGUAUGUUCUUGUAACACAUUGGCAUGGAGACCACUCCGGGGGUGUACCGGACCUUAUCAGAAUGUAUCCGCACUUGAAAGAUCACAUCUACAAGAACGAUCCCGAUCCGGGCCAACAAGAUAUCCACGAAGGGCAAGAGUUUUGUGUCGAGGGGGCUACUGUUGUAGCACUGCACUGCCCGGGGCAUUCAGAAGAUCACAUGUGUUUCAUGCUCAAGGAAGAGAACUCCAUGUUCACUGGAGACAACAUUCUCGGUACCGGGACGAGCGCGGUCGAAGACUUGGGCAUAUUCAUGUCCAGUCUGCACAAGAUGAUGGAUCAGAAAUGUCGAGCUGGCCACCCCGCCCAUGGCGUUACUAUUGAUGAUCUAAACACAAAAAUCAGCCGAGAGCUAUCGUCAAAAUACAGGAGAGAGAAGCAAGUCAUCAGGGCCUUGCGCAACCUCCGCGAUUACGGGCAAAACCGACCGGUCGUUCGUGACAUUGUCGAAAACAUAUACGGAAACUCGGUGGAUGAGACUACGCGUACGUUGGCGCUGGAGCCGUUCAUCGACGAAGUUCUUCGAAAACUUGCUGGUGAUGGUAAAGUGGGUUUCCAGGUUCGCGCUGGCCAGAAAAAAUGGUUUCUAAUUGGUAAUGAGCAAUCAACGGUGGGUGGGAUGCGGCAGGUCCAGUACCCUGUCACACGCGCCAGCGCUUAAUGUUAAGUCUUAGAUUAGAUUUUCGAUGAGCAUUUUCUUGAUACCAGCGUGUUUUUAGAUGUAUUUAGACAGAAUGUACCAUAUCAAGUCGUUCUUUUUCC